CGCUUCUAAAGCGUCAAACCAAUAUUUAUAAAUAACGUCUCUGACGGGCGGGUUGGCCGUGGUGUUUGUGGUUCGAUAAAUAAACGCCAGAAUGGUGGACAUAAAGACAAACGUGAAUUUUGCGUGUCAACGAUGCUUGCAGCCUCUCAAACUCGAUUCUAGUUUCAAUCAUCUUGGGGAACACACUUUGGCCGAACUCUCACUACCGAUACAGCAACAAGUUGUCGGAGACACAGAACCCCAGAGUGGAAGUUUGGAACAUUUGGUUCCACCUUUUCGCCUCACAGAAUCCACGAAUGGAACCAAUGGAUUUAUGCUUGUCGGCGAUUCCGGAGAAUCCGAGAGUCUCAGUCAUCAUUUGAGGGUGCGAGCAACAUUAUUUGACAUACUGAGCAGUAGCAGUUCGGCAGAUCAUCCAUUGUGUGACGAAUGCACCGACAGCCUUCUCAUGCUAAUGGAUCAACAGUUAAGAAUGACGGAGAGUGAAUGGUCAGAUUAUAAUGAAUAUUUGAAGAAAUUAGAAUUGGAACAACAGCAACAAGGACACGAGGAUGUAGAGAUGGAAAACCUGACAAAAGAAUUACACGACAUCAAAGCAGAAGAAGAAAGGAUGAUCUGCGAGUUGGAAGCAUUGAGAAAAGAGGAAGCAGCUACCAAGAAUGCUAUUGCCGAACAAGAAAGGGAGAGAGAAAGAUUACAAAAUGAAGAAGACAGAUAUUGGAGAGAAUACUCGAGACAUAGAAGGGACCUAAUACUAGCAGAGGAUGAACGUCGCAGUUUGGACUGUCAACUUGCUUAUGCAGCUGCACAACUUGAAAGACUGAAAAAAACUAAUGUUUUUAAUGCAACCUUUCAUAUUUGGCACACUGGCCACUUUGGGACUAUAAAUUCUUUUCGGCUGGGUCGGCUACCAAGUGCUCCAGUAGAUUGGAGUGAGAUAAAUGCUGCAUGGGGCCAAACAACUUUACUGCUAACAGCACUAGCACGAAAAAUGAACCUUACUUUCCAGCGAUUUAGAUUGAUACCAUUUGGCAAUCACAGCUAUGUUGAAGUUCUGGAUCAGCACAAAGAACUACCACUGUAUGGAAGUGGAGGGUUCAAGUUUCUAUGGGAUACAAAGUUUGAUGCAGCUAUGGUGGCUUUUCUCGAUUGCUUACAACAGUUUAAAGAGCAAGUAGAGAAAGGUGAUAGCGAAUUUUCUCUUCCAUACAGAAUGGAUCGAGGAAAAAUUGAAGACUCUGCAACAGGAAAUUCCUAUUCUAUCAAAAUUCAAUUUAAUUCCGAGGAGCAAUGGACCAAGGCAUUGAAAUUUUUAUUAACAAAUCUUAAAUGGGGUCUCGCUUGGGUGAGCUCCCAAUUUACAAAAGAUGAGAUUGAACAUUAGAGUAAUUUCAUUUUCUCUCUUUCCUUGCAUCACACAGUGGUUGCAUAUUCAUCAUGUAAAUACACUUUCUUUGUAAAUAAAUCCAAUAACAUAGUAACUUA